AGAAUGGGAAAUUUGAUUUGGGGAAACGAAAAUGGCAUGAUGAUAAGCAUUCGAAAAAUAUUGAAUGAUUGGAUAGAGGAUAAAAUCAAAUCGAGAAACUCAAAGUCAGCAGUAUCUGCUGAGCUUCCAAUCCAUAGCUUAAUUGGAAUAUAUUAACAGAGAGUCCCACCCUCCCUUGCCUUCCCUCUCCUUUUAAUCUCUUCGGAUCAGUCACCCAACCAACCAUCUUCGCAUUCAUUCACACCCCAACCAAUCCUCCAUUCUCGGUUUUAUCGAAGCCAGGGUAAGCUCAAGCAACCCAAUUUCCCCCAGAGAGAAACCCAGAAAGGCGCAGGCAUGGCGAAGAAAGAAGUCGCUUUCAUCGGGGCAAUUGAUCAAGGCACAACCAGCACCCGAUUCAUCAUCUACGAUCAAGACACCAAAUGCAUCGGAUCUCACCAGGUCGAGUUCACUCAGUUCUACCCUGAAGCCGGAUGGGUGGAGCACAAUCCACUGGAGAUUCUGGAGAGCGUCAAAAUCUGUAUGGCCAAAGCCAUGGACAAGGCUACCGCCGAUGGCCAUAACGUUGAUGGCUUAUUGAAAGCUGUUGGGUUGACCAAUCAGAGAGAGACCACUCUCAUUUGGAGCAAGUCCACUGGCCUUCCUCUCUACAACGCCAUUGUUUGGAUGGACGUACGCACCAGUGCUAUUUGCAGGAAAUUGGAGAAAGAAUUCUCUGGAGGAAGGACCCACUUCGUGGAUACAUGUGGGCUGCCAAUCAGCACAUACUUCAGUGCGCUCAAGAUACUCUGGCUGUUGGAAAACGUUGAUGCAGUUAAGCAAGCUGUUAAAACUGGGGACGCCCUUUUUGGAACAAUAGACACUUGGUUGAUCUGGAAUUUAACCGGUGGAAUCAAUGGUGGAUUGCACGUCACUGAUGUCUCCAACGCCUCCCGCACCAUGCUGAUGAACAUCAAGACUCUUGAUUGGGAUAAGGCCACAUUGGAAGCUCUGAAAAUCUCACCUGGGAUCCUUCCCAAGAUCGUUAGCAACUCUGAGGUCAUUGGCAAGAUUGAAAAAGGCUGGCCGAUUACUGGCAUACCGAUUGCCGGUUGCCUGGGAGACCAACAUGCUGCCAUGGUUGGACAAGCUUGUCGAAAGGGUGAGGCCAAGAGCACAUAUGGAACUGGUGCCUUCAUACUACUCAACACUGGAGAGGAAAUUGUUAAGUCGAAGCAUGGGCUCCUUACCACUUUGGCAUACAAGCUUGGUCCAAAUGCGCCAACGAACUAUGCUCUCGAAGGUUCCAUUGCUAUUGCAGGAGCUGCAGUACAGUGGCUCAGGGAUAGUCUUGGUAUAAUUAAGAGUGCCAAAGAGAUUGAGGAGUUGGCGCUGAAGGUGGAGUCAGCUGGGGGUGUUUACUUUGUCCCGGCUUUCAAUGGGCUGUUUGCUCCGUGGUGGAGAGAUGAUGCUCGUGGUGUUUGUAUUGGGAUCACGAGGUUCACAAACAGGUCUCACAUUGCCCGAGCUGUGCUGGAAAGCAUGUGUUUUCAGGUGAAGGACGUGCUGGAUUCGAUGCACAAAGAUGCGUCUCAAAAAGAUGCGAAACAGAAGGGAGGAGAGUUUUUGCUUAGGGUGGAUGGUGGUGCUACUGUUAACAACCUUCUUAUGCAGAUUCAGGCAGACUUGCUUGGGAGCCCUGUGGUGAGGCCAGCAGACAUAGAAACAACAGCACUGGGAGCAGCCUAUGCAGCGGGUUUGGCCAUAGGAGUAUGGAAAGAAGGCGAGAUCUUCGCCUCUGGAGGGACGAGCAAGACGGACACAACUUUCCGCCCAAACCUGGAGGAGAGCUUGAGGAAGAAGAAGUUGGAGUCUUGGGGGAAAGCUGUUGAGAGAACGUUUGACUUGGCUGAUCUCUCCAUAUGAGAAACUGCAGGGAAGAAACAAAGGAAAGAUAUACGUAUUUUACAUUGUUAUAGUUACAACUUUGUCUUGCCUUCUUCUGCCCACUCGAAUAAAUCAGUUGGCAAGCUUUAGACGUUGGUGAUAGUUGACUUUGGUUGUAGAGGUUUAGUAGAUACUUUGAAUGGAAUUAUUGAAAGAAGGGGGUUUAUCGUCUCUUUGAAGUGCUCCAUUCGUCUCUUUUUUUGUAAGCAUGACAGAUCGUUCUGAAGUCUGGAGAUUCUUUUAAAACAUGAAAGCUGGGUAUGCUUUCUGCGCCAAAGUACAAGCUUCCGUGCGUUGCAAUGCAAUCCCUUCGCCUUCCCUCUUUCAUCCCUCCAUCUCCAAUCUCCCCUGUUGUGUUUGGAUCUCAGUUGCGGGCUCGCCGAACUUUAGUAAGUGGCAGGUCAGAGAGACACAACAAGAGGGACGAGAAGUUUUCUAAUUAAUUCAAAGAGAACGGGAACAAGAAUGACUUGAAUCUGAAAUCUUCUUUUUUUGAUAAAUGGGUCGAAAUGUGCUUUCUUCUCUAUUGAUUUUCUCGCUCCAACUCACUAAUUCAUUUAUAUUCACAUUCUACGAGGACUUAAGUGUGCUUUGUCUUUCUAUAUUGUUUGUUUCAGUUAAACAAAAUCUACUUCCUUGUCUUGCUACAUAAUAUGGGGUUCAAGAGGAGCUGCAGGAUCUAUCUGCAGUUAAAAGUUUCAGAAACUUUUCUGAAUUGAUUGGGUUUCAUUUCAUGGAUCUCUUCGUUUCGCAUCUCAUCACUGGACCUUUCAACUUUUAUAUGAAACUAUGUUCAUUGUUCACCAUAAUUUUCAUUUACAGGCCAGGUGUGAAUCGGUAGUAUAAGCAUGCUUUUGCUGCUGCUAUAUUGCUAUGCUAUCCAUUAAUGCUCGAAUCAGAAAGCCUUCGUCUAAAAAGAUGGCUUAAUUGAGAAAUACUAGCCUAUUACCCGGCUCGUUGGCCGGAUGACUGUAUGUUACCCACUUGUGGAAUAGGAGAGAAAGCAAGUGAGAGUGAAGGGAUUGAGAUUCCACUUGAUUAGGACCGACCCACUAAUCCGAUUCUUCCCGACCCGCCCCAACCUAAAGGGUCAGAAAGAGUCAAUAAGAAAAUACAAACGGAGAGGAUUAGUCAUAAUAUAUCUUGACUCUUCAGAAGUGGGUCAAACAUGAUCAAGGUUGGGCGAGGGAAAUUUUUAGCGUUAAGCAGAGUUCUGGGUUGAAUAACUUUACUUAGGCCUAGAAAUUGGUGAUGAUGCAAACUGCAGUUUUUAUUAUACCAUCAUCAAUCAUCAUUGAAUUAGUCCUGGGCAUCCCUCCCCGUUGUCGGUCUGAAUUCUAAUGAUGGCUUCGUUCCUUGCACCAGCCAUAUCAGCGAGUUGUCAUCUCGGGCAUGAUUUGCCUAUGUACAAAUGAUACAAUUAGAGUAUGAAACUGAAUUCAAAGAAAAGGAAAAGAGAAUUCUAUCACAUGCCAAUAAAUACACACAUAAUAGUUGAAGCUAAGUGAAACUCAUUACUCGCACAUCAAUUCUCAAAAAUUACAGACUAAACAAUGGCUAGAAUGGCACUGAAACUACCAAUAAUCAUGGACGAAACAACUUGUCAAAUUAAAUAAUCCUUAUACUGAAACUACCUUCUAACUUGAAAUAAGACAUGAUCACAGUU